AUGGCGCGCCCAGCGCUGAAGGCCCUACUAUGCCUUGCCGUGGCCGUGCAGGUAUGUCAGCGGUUUCUUCCCGCCUUCGUGACGGGCGCGCCAGCACCGGCGGAAAGACUCAGAGCGACCAGCGUGGCAAUGCGAAGCCGCAAAUUCCGGAAACGGGACCUCGAGUUGUUCAUGACACCUUCAGCGAUGCAAGAAGCCUCCGAGGAAGAACGCGACAGCGAGGAGUUCGUGGCUGAGAAUAUCGAGGGCGAUCCCAGGGGCUUCGCCCACGCGUCCCAAAGACUGCGCAGCGACCGCGACUUCAUCAAGAAGAUGGUGAGGAUCAACCCGCGGGUCAUGGACUACAUGGACGAAGACUUCUAUGCCGAUUAUCCAUUCAUCAAGGAGCUGAGGCUCCACGCGCAGGCCCUGGGCUAUGGCGGCGCGCAGAUCAACAUGGGCAAGGCGAACCCCGGCUUUUGGGGUCGUGGCAAGCGAAAUCCAGCAAUGUUGCGGCAAGAGCCCACCAAGCAAUGGCUGCGAAAGAAGAAGAAGAUGAUUGAGGAGUACGAGAGUCGAACUGGCGAAACGGCGUGA